AUGUCUAUCCUCUCUCUAGUCGAGGAUAGACCAACUCCCAAGGAGGUGUACAACUGGAAGGUAUACCUCCUUGCAGCCGUCGCCUCAUGCACAUCUUGUAUGAUCGGAUAUGACAGUGCCUUCAUUGGCACGACUAUAUCUCUCCAGUCAUUCAAGGAUGAGUUUGAUUGGGACUCCAUGUCUCCCGCGGACCAAGACCUAGUCAGCUCCAACAUUGUGUCUCUCUACCAGGCAGGUGCAUUCUUUGGUGCAUUCUUCGCCUACCCUAUCGGCCAUUUCUGGGGCCGAAAAUGGGGUCUGAUGUUCUCUGCUUUAAUAUUCACACUGGGCGCUGGCCUAAUGCUUGGUGUCAAUGGCGACCGUGGAUUUGGCCUACUUUACGGAGGUCGAGUACUUGCUGGCUUGGGAGUGGGAGCUGGCUCGAAUAUCACUCCUAUUUAUAUCUCCGAGUUAGCUCCACCGGCGAUCAGAGGACGGUUAGUUGGAGUUUACGAACUGGGGUGGCAAAUUGGUGGGCUUGUAGGCUUUUGGAUCUGUUACGGUGUUGAUGAGACGUUAGCCCCGAGUCAUAAGCAGUGGAUCAUCCCCUUCGCCGUCCAGCUGAUCCCAUCUGGCCUUCUUAUUAUUGGUGCCCUAUUUUUGAAAGAGUCCCCACGUUGGCUAUUCCUGCGGGGGCGUCGAGAGGAGGCAAUCAAAAACCUCUGCUGGGUUCGUCAACUCUCAGAAGACCAUGUCUACAUGAUUGAGGAAAUCGGUGCCAUUGACCAGGCCCUCGAACACCAGCGUUCUACUAUUGGUCUGGGUUUCUGGAAGCCGUUCGUUGCGGCUUGGACGAACAAGAAGAUACUGUAUCGUCUCUUCCUUGGUAGCAUGUUGUUCUUUUGGCAGAAUGGUUCAGGUAUCAACGCCAUCAACUAUUACAGUCCUACCGUUUUCAAAAGCAUUGGUGUGACGGGUUCGAACACAAGCUUAUUCACCACGGGUAUCUUCGGUGUCGUGAAGACUGUGGUGACAUUCAUCUGGCUUCUUUGGCUGAUUGACCAUGUGGGACGGCGUCUGCUCCUCCUCAUCGGUGCCGCCGGUGGCUCGGUCUGCUUGUGGAUCGUUGGGGCGUAUAUCAAGAUCGCCAAGCCUUCAGAACGAGAGAACACGCAGAUGGAUGGCGGUGGCAUUGCUGCCAUGUUCUUCUUCUACCUGUGGACUGUGUUUUAUACCCCUUCCUGGAACGGUACCCCAUGGGUUAUUAACUCGGAAAUGUUCGAUCCCAACAUUCGAUCGCUUGCGCAAGCCUGUGCGGCGGGAUCCAACUGGCUCUGGAACUUCCUCAUUUCCCGAUUCACUCCACAGAUGUUUGCCAAGAUGGACUACGGAGUGUACUUCUUUUUCGCAUCGCUCAUGAUUCUGUCCAUCAUCUUUGUGUUCUUCCUAAUUCCAGAGACGAAGGGUAUCCCGCUAGAGAGCAUGGACAGACUUUUCGAGACUAAGCCAGUUUGGCGUGCUCACGGGACUCUCCUCAAUCAAAUUCGGGAAGACGAGGAACGGUUUCGGCAUGAUUUGGAGGAUUCCGGCUUUGUUAAGAGCACCGAUAAGCAGGUGGAGGUCGUGGAUGCUUGA